GUUAGUGACGACAAGCUACGGCUCAUUGUAAAGUGCAACAUGUUUAGUCAAGCCUAACCGGAAGUUCUGUAUUUGUGCCAUAAGUGAACCCUUUUUAAACUUAUUAAUGACAAGUAUAUGUUGUUAUUAUUAUUUUUAAGUACGUAAAUGUGUUGUUAGUCUAUUGUACGUUCGUUGCGUCCGCAACAUUGUCGUUUUAUUUUGUUAAGCAAUACCGCAUAAACAGGUUUAAUAACUUUAGCCUUGACACCGAGCGGUCAAACCGGAAACUAAACAACAAACUGGAAUUUGAAGCAUCUUACGUGUCACUAAGCAGAGAGAGCCACCGUGGACCGCAGCAACGUCAUUUCCAUAGUCUUCAUUGAUGAGCCCAGGUUGCCCCGGUAACGGUCGACAGAGACAGCGAGCAUGAAGGCUUUGAUUUUGGUCGGAGGUUACGGUACGCGCCUGCGACCGCUCACCCUGAGUGUCCCCAAGCCUCUGGUGGACUUCUGCAACAAGCCCAUCCUGCUCCACCAGGUGGAGGCGCUGGUCAAGGCCGGGGUUGACCACGUGGUCUUGGCGGUCAGCUACAUGUCCGAGCUGCUGGAGAGAGAGAUGAAGAUCCAGGAGCAGAGACUUGGCAUUCGUAUCUCUCUUUCACAUGAGACGGAGCCUCUUGGAACGGCGGGUCCGCUGGCGUUGGCUCGGGAGCUGUUGGAAGUCGACAACGAGCCCUUCUUCGUCCUCAACUCGGACGUCAUCUGUGAAUUUCCCUUCCAAGAUCUCCUGCAGUUCCACCGAAACCACGGCCGAGAGGGCACCAUUGUGGUGACGCGGGUGGAGGAGCCGUCUAAAUACGGCGUGGUGGUGUUUGAGGCGGACAGCGGCAAGAUCCAUCGCUUUGUGGAGAAGCCUCAGGUCUUUGUCUCCAACAAGAUCAACGCCGGCAUCUACAUUUUCAAUCCCAGCAUGCUCGGCAGAAUUCAGCUCAGGCCAACAUCCAUAGAAAAAGAGAUUUUUCCCGUCAUGGCUGAGGAGGGACACCUGUACGCCAUGGAGCUGCAGGGUUUCUGGAUGGACAUCGGUCAGCCCAAAGACUUCCUGACAGGAAUGUGCAUGUACCUGCAGUCGCUACGGCAACACGCCCCAGAGAGGCUGCGCACGGGGCCCGGGUUCCUCGGCAACGUUCUGGUGGACCCGACCGCUCAGAUCGGCGACAACUGCACCAUCGGGCCCAACGUGACCAUCGGCGCCGGCGUGGUGGUGGAAGACGGCGUGCGGAUAAAGCGCUGCACGGUGCUGAAGGCGGCCAGAGUCCGCUCGCAUUCCUGGCUGGAGAGCUGCAUCGUGGGCUGGAGCUCCUCCGUGGGCCAGUGGGUGAGUGGAGGUCGAGCCUCGGCGCGACCCGACGUCCCGUCCUCACGUCUCGCCGUGUGCCGCCAGGUCCGCAUGGAGAACGUGACCGUGUUGGGGGAGGACGUCAUCGUCCACGACGAGCUCUAUCUAAACGGCGCAAACGUUUUGCCGCACAAAUCCAUAAGCGAGUCGGUGCCGGAACCGCGGAUCAUCAUGUAGCGUCAUCGGGACGACCGUCUUCUCCUAUGAACAUCCAAACUAAUUCAGAAUGAGUCCAUGGUACCGAGGAGGAACCAGAGAAACCUUUAUUUUUGUUUUCCCUUUUUGUUGUGGUUUUGAGCCGUACUUGCCUGUCUUCCAGGCUCAGAUCAUGUGACGGAGGCGUCAGGAAGGACCAUAGUUCAAUGUCUGAGCUGUGAACACCACUUUAAUACAAGAAGGCUCUUUACAGAGUAAAGGACCGCGCUUCAUUUAUGCACUGAACGACGACUGAUUACUACCUUUUUUUUUUUUUUUAGCUCCGUUGUAGGGUGAGUUGCUGUCAUUACUUGGUUUGGCCACUAGGGGGCAGCAGAGCAAUGCAGAAUAGAAUAGAAUAGAAAGUACUUUAUUGAUCCCUGGGGCUAAAUUCAGCACCACAGUUCGCUCACAAUAGACCAGGGGUGUCCAAACUUUUUCCACUGAGGGCCGCACACGGAAAAAUUAAAGCAUGCGGGGGCCAUUUUGAUAUUUUUCAUUUUCAAACCAUAACAAAAAAUAUAUGGAUUUUUUAUUUUAUUUUACUUUUAGGGGUCCCGGGGACCAUAAAGGGUCUCAGUCAUUAAAAUGUUAAAAAUAAGUGAAAUUAUUAUAAUUUUUUUAAUUAUUUAACACUUAAAGUAAAUCUCUAUAAUAACUUCAAGUUGAUAUAAAGUAAUAAAAAAUUUAAAAAAGAAGGUUUUAUGGCUUUUCUGUCAAAACUGAAAUCUGCAGUAUUUAGUAGAGAUGUCCGAUAAUAUCGGCCUGCCGAUAUUAUCGGCCGAUAUAUGGGCUAAAAUG